AUGUCAAUAUUCGUAAAUUUCAAUAAACCAACCGGAGCUCUAUUACUUCAAACAAUAAGUAGAACACGACCAUUCACGGCUGUAUCCCGUUCCAAAAAUUUUGAAUUACUGACAGCGCUCACCAGAACAACAACAGCAGCAAGUGCUGAUAAUAUAUCUACACAAAGAAGGCACUGUUGGAAAUGCGAUUCGGAAAUUGACUAUAGUUCUUUGCUCUGUAAUAGAGAAGAGUGUGGUGCUAUUCAACAAGGGUUACCAAAUGAUGUCACGUAUUUUGACUUGCUUGGUAUGGGUGUGUCUAGGCAAGGGGACAAAAAAAAAUUCUCGUAUGAUAUUGAUUUAUCACAAUUACGACGUAAUUUCCUGUCACUUCAACAACGCAUACAUCCGGACAGUUACUCACAAAAGGAUCAACAAGAAUACAUGUACGCCCUUAAUCAAUCCUCGAUAAUCAAUGGAGCGUAUCAAACAUUACGUGAUCCACUUGCCAGAGCUCAGUAUAUGCUUCGAUUGAACGGUAUCCUGGUGACCGAAUCAGAAUCAAUUGAAGAUCCUGAAUUAUUGAUGCAAGUGAUGGAAGCGCGUGAACUGCUUGAAGAAGCGACUUGCGAAGAAGAAGUAAAGAACAUAAGAGAGAUGAACGAAGAAAGGAUCAACGAAAUAAUAAAAGAAAUAUCACAAGCUUUCCAAAACAAUGAUUUGGAUACCGCCAAAGCGUUAACUAUCAGGCUACAGUAUUGGCAUAACAUUAGGAAUGCGGCCGUGGAUUGGGUACCUGGAAAACGUAUAGAAAUCUUACACUAG